AUGGGCCGCGGCGGCCGCGGCCGCCAGGAUACUCCAGCGGGCGCGGCCGGCUUUACGCCACGCAGCAAUGGCACAAUCCCCAACAGCGCGCGCAGCCAAUUGUCAACCUCGCGAAGCCACAACGGCACUUCCGUCUGGCGCGAGGUCAUCUCGCACAUGGAGGCCAAUCCGAUGCCGUCUGUGGAGCCGGAGGUGGUGCUGAGCCUGUCCAUGGUCAGCCAGCUGAAGGAGGAGCUCGCGCGCGACCUCCGCAUGAUCGUGCGGGAGGAGCUGUGGCGCCCCCUCACGGAGGGCCCUGCAGGGCAGCCGGCGCCCGCGGUGUCCGUUGGGCAGCUGACCGUGCAGGCCUUCAACGAGACGCUCAAGGGGCAGAAGCCGCCAGAGGUUGGCGUGUCCGCGUCACCGCAGAACGGCAUGGGCGGAGGCCUCGAGGAUGACGCCCAGGAGCCAAGCCGCAGGCGAUCUUCGCGUGCUUCCACCUUGGCCGAGAAGCAGAACGAGCUGGAGUUCUUCAAAGACCGCAUGGCCGACCAGGAGAAUGUCAAGGCAGAUCACAUCGAGUCCGAACUUUGGACGAUGCUGAUGGACAAAGCGCCAUGCUGCCGGCCCUGUCUCACGAGUAUCAGUCGCUGGUACAAUCUUCUCGGCACAUUGGAGGCACCGCCGCGGCCCGACCCGUUGUCAAAGUUUGCGGAUAGCAAGUUGUUUACGACGCUUGUACAUGUCGUCAUCCUUCUCAACAGCAUGUUUAUGUUCUAUGCCGCCGAGGAGGAGAUUUCCCACUACGACGGGGAGCUGCCGGAGCAGGUGGCGAUGGGCGAACAGUUCUUUUUAGUCGCCUAUUCAACAGAGUUUGUCGUGAAGUUGUGGCGUUACCGCUGGAGCUACUUCUUUGAUAGCAGCUGGAAGUACAACUGGCUUGACUUGUUCCUCCUUUUCCUCAGCACGUACUCUGUUUUCUUUGAAGACAACUUGCCGAAUUUUUCUUGGCUGCGGAUGAUGCGGAUGUUAAGGCUGUUCAAAGUCGUCCGCGUACUUCGCUUGAUAGCCGUUGUGAAGCCCCUGCGCGCAAUUCUGAAAUCACUCUUCAACACAUUGGGCACGCUCUUUUGGAGUCUGACGCUGCUGGCUCUGAUUCUAGGACUGUUUGCGUUGGUGUUCGUCUUGCGCGUAGCAACUUAUUUGAGGAAUGAGCGCGACGUUGUGGAUGAAGUGGUCGAGGAACGUCUCUUGGAAUUUUACGGUGGCGUCACGACGACCUUCCAUCACCUGUUCGAGGCUACCACUGGUGGCAACGAUUGGAGCAUCUACUACAGACCCCUGGUUGAGACAGGCUUUAUCAAUUGUGGCAUAUUUUACUUCUUUGUGGCGUUCACUCAGAUUGCAGUCUUGAACAUCAUCCUUGGUGUGUUCGUCGACACUGCCAUGAAGAGCAUGACGGGCAACAGGGAGGAGCUGAUGCAGGAAUUUGCCGAUCAGCAGAAACAGAUGGAGUCUGACCUGAGAGAGAUGUGCAUCUGCGCAGAUGCCGACAAGGACGGGAAGCUGUCCGAGGCAGAGUGGAAGGCUGCCUUGAAAGACAACCGGAUGAUAACUUAUUUGGAGACAAUGGGGUGGCGCCUGAGCGAAAUGAGAGAUUUGAUCCACCUGAUGGGCAGCGGGGCUGAAGACCAUGGCGUCGACAUCGACACAUUCGUUCGGUCGUCGAUGCGGUUCAAGGGUGCUGCCUCCUGCUUCGACAUGCAGGUCGUGCUCAACGCAGUGGAGGACGUCAGGAGGGAGGUCCGUACCGCGAAGCAGGCGAGUAGGUUUUGA